AUGACGGCCUGGCGGAUAACUGAUUGGUUGCAACUAUGUGCUGUUGACGGCGGCUGUUUUGAGAUUGUUGCUUCAAUUGGCAUGGCUUCGAAACCAUAUAUUUCCCUCCUAAUUUCAUCCAGUGCAACGGCAAUGUCAUGUGAAAAACACUUCCCCCUAAGUAUGCUAUUGUCGAGAUUUAAGGAAAAUAUAGUUCUGAUUACUGGUUGCGACAACAAGACCAUGAAACUAGAGCUUAGAGAUGAGAAUGAGAAGUUUGUCAAAGAAUUGACGGAUGACUCAAAGGCGUUGGAAGAGCUUGGUCUCAAAAACGGUUUUCAUGUGCAUGUCACUGACCCAACCGUCGAAGCUGGUUUGUAUGACAAUAUUCUGCGGCAGGACAUGGGAGAUAGAUUCAAACUUUCCGACGAGCAGUACGCGGGACGAAAAAAUACCUUUCUGGCUUGGAAGAAGCAGUACAAUUUGGGAGAAUUCCGAGAAAUUGAUCCUGAAGAACGGAAGGCUGCUGAAGAAGCGAAACUUGCAAAAGAAGCUGCCGAUAGGAAACUCAUAGAGAGUAUGAAGAUCGGUGACAGAUGCGAGGUUCGUGUUCCAAAGCAGCCAGCCAGACGCGGAGAAAUAGCCUUCCUAGGGGAGACCAAAUUCAAGGAGGGUAUUUGGGUUGGUGUGAAGUACGAUGAACCUCUCGGUCGGAAUGAUGGGAGCGUCGACGGCUACCGGUACUUUGAAUGUCAACCUAAGUACGGCGCCUUUGUGAAGCCGCAUUUCGUAGAGGUGGGCGACUUUCCAGAGCUUGGUCUGGAUGACCUAGACGAGAUAUGA